CAUGCUGCAGUUUUGGAAUAACUGUUCAAGCCUUAAAAAAUAAAGAAGUUCUUUCAGUCUGUCUUCUGGUGAAAAGCCAGAUACGGUCAGAAAAAUAGUCACCAGCUGACUCCAGUCCGCUCACUUAAAAAGAAUGGGGUACACCAUGGAUAUAGCAGCAGGCUUCACAUAUGAUGCUGUGUAUGCACCGAACACUAAUGGGAAUUGAGCCUAAAGCACAGUCCAGGUAUAUGUCCUCUUGUAAAGCCAAACACACACGUUUUAUUCAAUGGCUGCUGAAGGACUACAAACUUUUAUAGCCUAAAAGGAACUGCACGUGCACGAAACUCCUCCAACAAACCAAGCAGGAGUCUGACGCCACCAAUACGGGGGGCUGGUCACGUGGUGAAGACCUCAGCAGAGUCCUCCAGCCUCCAUUAGAAUCUAUCUGCAAACUAGAGGCUACAACCCAGAGAGCUGCAGGACCUUUGCUGGUUUCCUGACCACUUUUAGGGGAGGAGUCAGACUCCAAACUAUGCAGGCGGAAGACUUGCUGGGUCGAUUUGACUCCUCUCUUGCAUGUGACCGAUCACGUGGGCAUGACGUCGCAAAGGUCCUUUAUCCCCAACACGUAUCUUGAUGCUUUUUUAUUGUAUUAGAAAAAGAUGACUCUAUACCGUUUACCACCGUUGCCAACCAUUAGGGAAAUUAUAAAGCUUUACAAUCUUAGAGCAGAGAAGCAGUUGUCUCAAAAUUUCCUUCUGGAUCUAAAACUCACAGAUAAAAUUGUACGGAAAGCUGGGAAUUUAAAAAAAGCUUAUGUCUGUGAGGUUGGCCCGGGGCCAGGAGGAAUUACAAGAGCUAUACUAAACAGCGGUGUUGAAGAACUCCUGGUGGUUGAAAAGGACACUAGAUUUAUUCCUGGACUCAAGAUGUUAAAUGAAGCAUCAAUGGGAAAAGUACGCAUUGUUCAUGGUGAUAUUCUCACAUACAGAAUGGACCGAGCAUUUCCCAAUCAUCUGCAGAAAGCAUGGGAAGAUGAUCCACCAAAUGUGCAUAUUAUUGGCAAUCUGCCUUUUAACGUUUCGACCCCUCUAAUCAUCAAGUGGCUGGAGGAGAUGGCCAACAGAACUGGUCCAUUCACCUAUGGCAGAACUCCAAUGACUCUGACCUUUCAGCAUGAAAUAGCUGAGAGGAUGACAGCACCCCCCGGCAGUAAACAGAGGAGUAGACUGUCUAUCAUGACUCAGUAUCUCUGCCAAGUCAAACAUUGUUUUACUAUUCCUGGUCGAGCCUUUGUCCCAAAACCAGAGGUAGAUGUCGGUGUUGUGCAUUUUACACCACUGAUACAACCAAAAAUAGAUCAGCCUUUUAAGCUCAUAGAAAAAGUAGUUCAAAGUGUCUUCCAGCUCAGACGGAAAUACUGCUACAGAGGAAUUUCGCUCUUGUUCCCAGAAGAAAAUCGAACAAAACUUACAGAACAAAUUCUGACUAUAUCUAAUGUAGAACCUACCUUGCGACCCACUGAACUGUCAAUGAAGCACUUCAAAGGUUUAUGUAAUUCCUAUAGAGAACUCUGUGAUCGGGAUCCAAAUUUAUUCUUUUAUAACUUUAGAGAAGAACUUCGUCAGAAAAGAAUGACAAGUCAAGAUACCCAGAACAGUGAAGAAAGUGAAAUACUAUGAUCGUAGUAAGAUAAAAGUAAGAGGUAGAGUAAUACUCCUCAAAGAACACAGAAAGAUGAAGCAACUUUUUACACAGUGACUAGUAUUACAAAACAAUUUACUGUGUACUAAAAAAGAGAAGCUAGAACUUAUUUACUGCAAAUAUUUCUCACUGAAAAAAGGAAUAACGUUGAAAAUCAAUCAGCUAAAAUGUGAAAUUCCAGAUAAUUAGAGACAUUUAGAGGCUUUAUCAGGACCUGUAUAGAUGAGUGGUGCAGUUGCCCAUAGCAAUCAAUCAGAUGGCUUAAUUUUUUUAGAGGCCAUUUUUAAAAAUGAAGGACACAAUCUGAUUGGUUACUAUGGGCAACUGCAAAGCUCUUCCUCUACACAGGUUUUAAUAAAUCUCCCCAAUUAUUUCCAGUAACAGGAUUUUGAUGUGGGAACAUCUAAACUGUUGAGCAUACUGUACACACUGUAUAUAUUUGUGUAGUGCACAAUGGCCAAGAUUUACUGUUUCAACCUGCAGACUGUGAUACAAUUUGCACCAAAAAUAGUCUUAUAGGACUUUCGCCACAUUUACUAUGCAUUGUGGCACUUUUUCCUUUUACACUUUUCCAUUGGGUCCAGAAAGAGGGUUUGGCCUCUGUAAAAACGGGGCAUGUCUUCAGGUGUGGCAAACAUUGGGUGCAAAUUUAUAGUUGGUUCAAACCAAAAGGGGCAUUCCAGGAAAAAACUUUUUUUUAUUUUUUUUAUAUCAACUGGAUCCAGAAAGUUAAACAUAUUUGUAAAUUACUUCUAUUAAAAAAAAAAAUCUUAAUCCUUUCAAUAAUUAUCAGCUGCUGAAGUUGAGUUGUUGUUUUCUGUCUGGCAACAGCGCUCUCUGCUGACAUCUCUGUGCAGUUCCCAAGACAAGCAGAGUUCACAGUGCACAGUGGGGAUUUGCUUCUAAACUGGGCGGUUCCCGAGACACGUGUCAUCAGGGAGCACUUAGACAGAAAAGAACAACUCAACUUCAGCAUCUCAUAAGUAAUUAAAGGAUUAAGAUUUUUUAAUAGAAGUAAUUUACAUAU